UGUCCUUAGUCUCCCCCCUCUCCUUGCUUUAAUCCACGCAUACGGUGCAAAGUUGCAUAGCGUUGUUCAGCGCAUUCUGGCGCCGGAUGGUCUGGUCUGGUCUGUCUUCGACCGUCGAGAUUUUUGAGUUUUCGACACUAGACUUGUUUCCUCCGAAUUCUCCUUUUCUUAGCUUGCUUCCUUCUACACGCUGAUGCUGGCUUUUGUUUUUUUCGCCCCCGUUGUUAUUUUUUGUUCUCAUCGUCAUUUAUUAUUCAUUCACUCGCUAGUGUUUGGUUCAGACUUGAUUUUUUCCUUUGCCUGUUGCUGGUUUGGUUUAGGUAUGCUGCGGUGGUGGUGGCGGUGCGUGGGGUGGUGGAAUGGAAUGGAAGGGUGGUGCUGUGCAGACUGCGCGGAUUGGCUGGGUGCGUUGGGUUGGCAUGGCGUGGCGUGGUAUAUGGGCGUGGCUUGGGAACGGAGAAUGGAUAUAAGUAGACUGAUGACGUGGCAUGGGAUGCCCGUAGACACUCUUAGGUACUUAGCCAGUGAUGGGCGUCCCACGCUUCUGACACGUCUUAAUGCCAUUCUGUUGGUUUAGGCUUGUAAUGUGUGUGUGUGCGCGCCGUGUGUCUAGGUGUGAUGUACUACAGUCGGAG